AUGGAACGACCUGAACUCAACAAUUACCUGUAUGACCGGCAGCUGGAGCAUGAGGGAACCAUGGGCUGGGGCAGCCUGCUCUGGGUGGUCAACCAGCUGUUACCCCAUCUCAUCGGAAUAGUGGGUCAGAUCAACGUCAGCUCCGCAGCCUGUGUGCACGAGUUCUCCAGGCUUUUCUGGAGGCUGUGCCGGACGUUUGGAAAGAUCUUCACAAACACAAAGGUGAAGCCACAGUUCCAGGAAAUCCUCCGGCUGUCUGAGGAGAGUGUGGAUGCCACGGAUGGGAAUGAUGUUUUGACGAAGGGUACCGUGCCCAUCUACGCCACCGGGGUGCUGACAUGCUACAACCAGGAGGAGGACCGCAAGCUGCUGGUGGCCUUCCUGGAGGAUGUCAUGAUGAGCCUGUCUCUGUCCCAUGCUCCUCUGGACAGCCUGAAGGCGGCCUUCAUGGAGCUGGGUGCCAACCCAGCGUACCACGAGCUGUUGCUGACGGUGCUUUGGUACGGCGUGGUGCACACCUCCGCCCUCGUGCGCUGCACUGCAGCCCGCAUGUUCGAGCUGUUGGUGAAGGGGGUCAGUGAGAGUCUAAUAGCUCAGAGGGUUGCCCCAGCCCUUAUCGCGCUCUCUGAUGAUCCUGAAAUCUCGGUUAGGAUAUCGACGAUACCGGCAUUUGGUACCAUAAUGGAGACCGUGACCCAGAAAGAGCUUCUGGAGAGAGUGAAGAUGCAGCUGGCGUCCUUCCUGGAGGACCCGCAGUACCAGGACCAGCAUUCCCUGCACAUUGAGAUCAUCCGGACGUUCGGGAGGGUCGGUCCCAACGCUGAGCCUCGCUUCAGAGACGAGUUCGUGCUCCCUCACCUGCACAAGCUGGCACUGGGCAACAAUGGGCAGACGGCCGAGGCCAAGCGGAUGGACAUCGCCAUGCAGCUGUUCGAGGCCUACAGCGCCCUCUCCUGCUGCUUUAUCUCCGAAGACGUGCUGGUGAAUCACUUCCUCCCAGGGCUGAGAUGCUUAAGAGUUGACAUGGAACAGUUCUCUUCUGAAUAUGAGGAUAUCCUGAGCUCCAUGAUUAAGGAAUGUGAGCAGAAAGUGGAGAACAGGAACUCACAGGAGCCACAGGGGUCCAUGUCGAUAGCUGCCAGCCUCGUGAGCGAAGACACAAAGACCAAGUUUCUCAGUAAGGUGGGUCAGCUGACGACUUCGGGCGCCAUGCUGGCCAACGUGUUCCAGCGGAAGAAGUGACCGGAAUGUGCCGUCGCCGAUCCCACGCUGCCCGGCCCCUCCUACUUGAACCCAAUACUCUGCCUUUUCUCUGUGUCCUUUUAUCGCCACAAAGUCAUUUGAAGCUCCAAAGAUAUUUGCACUGUGUUUAAUUCCUCUUCAUUUUGGGUUUUUAUCGUUAUAUAUAUAUUAUGUAACUGUAUUGUACACAUUUUCCGUGAUUUCCAGUCUUAUCUUUGUGUUGUA